GGAGAACGGAGCGAAGAGGCCGGGCACCGGUCCGGACUUCAGUCUUGUACCGCGAGGAGUGGCGUUCACUCGUGUCAGUGGUCGACGGAUUUCAUGUUAUGGACGAACAAACGGCUUUAGUGUUGGGAGUUCAGCUGACGGCGUUAUGCUGCAUCGCCGGCUCUCUGCUCCUCUACCUGCUCUGCAAGGUGAAGAAAGGCCCGUGGACGGACCUGGCCGAACCGGAAGUCGGCACCGGUAGGUCGGUCCUCGUCACCUCGGUCGAGAACCACCUCGGGAUGCAACUCGCGCUCAGGUUGGCCGCCCUCGGUUUCCGGGUGUUCGGCGGCCUCCGGGACGGCGAUCUGGAGUCCGAUCCGGCCAAAGUCAUAAAAGCGAAGAUGAAGCAGAUCGAAACGGCCCCGGCCUCCGGUCUCAUCGGGGCCAUCAUCCUCAUCCCGUUGGACGUCACCCGGGAGGACAGCUUGCACGAAGGCGUCGAACACAUCAGGAGACAUCUGCCCGCUGGAGAAAACGGAUUGUGGGCCGUGGUGAAUACCGCCGGUGCCGUGGUGAAAGGACGGUUGGAAGCACAGGAAAGCUACCAAUGGGAAUCUAUGUUUAAAGUCAACGUCGUCGGCACCCUGCGAACCGCCAGGUCACUACUACCGCUUCUUAAAGUCACUAAAGGGAGACUUGUCACCGUCGGAUUGAGCGGCGAGUGCCACAACAGCACAGGCGUCGUGGCAUACGCAGCAGCGAGACAUGCAGUCGCGGGAGCGAGCACAGCACUUGCCAACGAAUUUCUGCCCCUCGGAGUCUCUGUCAUCAUCAUCAACACAGGAACGCUUACAUCCGAGCACUUGUACCGCAGCGUUAAAGUCAGAUUGGACCAAGGCGAAAAUUCGCUAGACGCUUACUUGAAAUACAACGUGAACACACUGCCGGAAUAUGCGGCCUCCACGAUUGAACAGACACUGCUUGUCGCUCGGCCUAAACAGACAUACGACCUAAAACCACCCGUCAAACUGUCCAAUUACUUGACCGCGGUCACAGCCAAGUUCAACCACGGAUUCAAACAAAAAGGAUCCGUCUCGACGGUUUAAAACACAACACUUUAUAAUAUUGGAUUCCACCUAUUUGAUUAUCCGUUUUUCUCGUUGUUUUUCAAAUUUGGUACUACUUGAGUUUGAAUAUUGUAAAUAUAUUGCAACAGCUAUUACGGAUAAACAGAUAUUUGGAUUCUUAAAUUCUCUUCUUCCCUAUUGUAAUUAAGGUGCCAAGAUAUUUUAUUGAAUGUUUAAGCAGAGAAUAAUCUAUUUUGACUAAUCAUUCAUUAAUAAAUAUUAUUUUUUGGUUGUUUUAAUUAAGCUUAAUUUUGUUAUCUUUGCAUUAUUUGUUUGUAAAGUUAUUACUAUAUUUUUUGUUUCCUGUCAUAUCAUCGGUACUAACAUUACGUCCAUUACAUACUAAUCAUUAAUUUUAGAAAAUCUUAUUGUACAUAUAAAUAACAAAUACUAAUU